AACACGUGCAGCCAAAAAGUCCUAUUAAAGAUCACCUAAGGGAAGAAAUCCAGAAAGCAAUUCUUUUUACUUUUUAGUUGUUACGGGUUGCGGCAAAUCUGUCUGCUACUGCGCCAAAUUCCUCUUUCUGUCUCAAAUCUUUCUUUCACUCAAUUCUAUAUUCCCAGGGAAUAAAUGGAUUUGGGUUGUUUUAGUUCUUUGUAAGCAGUACUUUGUGUUCAUACGAUGAAAAGAGUGUUUUAGUUUAUAGGAGAGAAGUGGAAUUGUUAAAGUGGAGUACUGAUAGGAAGAGCUUAGGGUUUUUAUUUUCCCUAAUUCUAGAUGGCUUCUCCUCAAUUUGAAGUGGAGGAUCAGUUGGAUGAGGAUUUCUUUGACAAAUUGGUCAAUGAUGACGAUGACUUUGAUUUUACUGGAUCCACCGGUAAGCAUGUAGUAGAAGCUGCUGAUUUUGAGGAAGUAAAAGGUUUUUCUAAUUUGACUAUUAGUGAAACAAGUCCUACCGGGGUUGAAUCUGGUGGAAAAGAUAUUGAUAUUGGUACCGAAGCUGAAAAGGGUGUAGAAGAUGCUGCUAUUUCGGAAUUAUUGGCUGCUAAUGAGGAUAAUGUGGCUGCUAAGGAGAGCAGUUCACAGCUACCUAGUAAUGUGAAAGAGUGCAGUGUGAUGGAGACAGGAGAGGAGGGUGUGUUGGAUGGUGGUACCAGUAAGAGUGAUGUAGCUUCAGGUAUUGGUGUGAAAGAGGUUCAAUGGAGCUCGCUUAACUCUGAUUCAAAUGUUAUCAAUGCUGGUGGAUCUAGGACAUUUUCGGAAAUAUUUAAUGAUUUGGGGGAUAAUUCUGAGGACCCUUUUGCUGAAGUGGGGAAUAAAGAUGAUCUGCUGAAGGAAUUUAAUGGUAGUACAGUUAGUGUACCAGGGAAUUCAUUUUCUGAUUUGGCUUCGUCUAGUCAUCCAGAAAAUAAUGAUGUUCAAUACUAUGGCAUGGGGUUAGAACAAAAUGUAGAUGGGCAGGAAUUUAGCAAUUAUCAGUCCUGGGAAAAUCUUUAUCCAGGAUGGAAAUAUGAUCCAAAUACUGCGCAAUGGUAUCAGGUGGAGGGAUACGUGAAUACAUUUAUGAAUUCACAGGAGAGCUUUGGUGUGACACAUUCAGAUAAUGGCGAUCAUUUUUCAGAUAGAAAGAUGGACGUGCCUUCUUUGCAGAAAACAACUCAGUCUUCUGUGGGAACUUUAGCAGAGGACUUUGGGAAUUCAAAUACCUCAAACUGGAAUCAGAUUUCACAAGGCAAUGCAGAGUACCCUGCACACAUGGUAUUUGAUCCCCAGUACCCUGGUUGGUACUAUGAUACAAUUGCCCUAGAAUGGAAGAUGUUGGAGCCUUAUACUUCAGCUGUAGAUCAGUCAGCAACCAUGGAUAAUGAUCAGCAAUAUCAAAAUAAAAAUAUUGAAAGCUAUGAGUUUCAAGCUUUAGGUAGUCAAGACCUUUAUAUGAAUCAGUGUGCAUCUGCAAGCAACUACCAUCAGCAAAAUUCUAAUAGUUUCCAAGAUUACUCUGUUUCCAAGAACGGAAGAGAUUUCUCUUCUGAAACCAAACAAUUAGGAAACAUUUACAGUCCUGCAGAUCAUGUAGAUAAUCAUGCAGAGCAAAAAAAUGAAUUUGACGCUUCUAGAUUGGUUGCUCCUUAUAAACAGCAAAGUCAGACUUUUCUACAUGGUAGUGAGAUUUCUAGGUUUCAAAGCUUUAUUCCUGCUCAAAGUUAUACGCAGUUUAGCAAUCAGACAACUGUUCAGCCAGACCAACAGAUGCAGUUCAUACCUGCUUUCAUUGAUGCUCAGAAAUCAGGAGAUCAUCCUCAACAGCCACUUCAAAUAGGCACCCCAUUUUCUUCUUCACCCAAUGAGGGAAGGUCUUCUGCUGGGCGCCCUCCACAUGCUCUAGUGACUUUUGGAUUUGGUGGAAAACUUCUUGUCAUGAGAAACAACAGUUUGUCUCACACAACUGCACCGUAUGGGAACCAGGGCUCUGUAGGAGGUGUGGUCAGUGUACUCAAUUUGGUGGAAGUUGUCAUGGACAACAGUAAUGCUUCUAGCUUUGGGUUUGGUGCCCAAGAUUACUUUCAGACAUUGUGCCAACACCCUUUACCUGGUCCUUUGGUUGGAGGGAAUGUUGGAAAUAGAGAGUUGUAUAAGUGGAUUGAUGAAAGGAUUGCAAACUGUGAAUCUUCAAGCUUGGGCUAUAGAGGAGAUGUUUUGAGGUUGCUCUUGUCUUUACUGAAAAUUUCAUGUCAGUACUAUGGAAAACUUCGGUCUCCUUUUGGCACUGACCAAACUUCGAAGGAGAGUGAUUGCCCAGAGUUAGCUAUUGCUAAGCGUUUAGGGUCUGUGAAAGGGAAGGGAGUGCAAUCAGGCUUGUAUAGUGCUGUCGUUCACUGCUUCCAGAACUUGCCUUCGGAAGCACAGAUGCAGGCUACUGCUCUAGAGGUACAGAGGCUUCUUGUCUCUGGUAGAAAGAAGGAAGCUUUAGAAUUUGCUCAGGAAGGUCAAUUGUGGGGGCCAGCUCUUGUUAUUGCAUCUCAGCUUGGUGAUCAGUUUUAUGGUGAUACUGUGAAGCUAAUGGCACUAAAGCAAUUAAAAGCUGGGUCACCAUUGCGGACAUUAUGCCUAGUAGUUGCUGGCCAACCAGCAGAUGUGUUUUCCACAGUUUCCCCCAGUAGCAAUCUCCCUGGUUAUGUAAAUACUCCUCACCAGCCUGGACAGAUUGCAGCUAGCAUGUUGGAUGGAUGGGAAGAGAACUUAGCCAUCUUAACAGCUAACAGAACAAAAGAUGAUGAGCUUGUUAUUAUUCAUCUUGGAGAUUGCUUGUGGAAGGAGAGGGGUGAGGCUGCUGCUGCACACAUAUGCUAUUUAGUUGCUGAAGCCAACUUUGAGCCUUAUUCAGAUGGUGCUAGACUUUGUCUUAUUGGUGCCGAUCAUUGGAAUUGUCCACGAACAUAUGUUAGCCCUGAGGCAAUUCAGAGGACAGAACUAUUCGAGUACUCAAAGACACUUGGAAAUUCUCAGUUUCUCCUCCUACCUUUUCAGCCAUAUAAGCUUAUUUAUGCUUACAUGCUGGCUGAAGUUGGAAAAAUGGCUGAUUCUUUGAAAUACUGUCAAGCCAUUUUGAAGUCUUUGAGAACUGGUCGAACAACUGAAGUGGAAACUUGGAAACAAGUAGUGUCAUCUCUUGAAGAACGAUUAAGGAUCCACCAGCAGGGUGGUUACUACACAAAUUUGGCUCCAACUAAAUUGGUCGGUAAAUUGCUCACAUUCUUUGAUAAUACUGCUCAUCGUGUUGUUGGAGGCCAACCUCCACCUCUUUCUUCAACAUUGCAUAGCAGUGUUCAUCAAAAUGAAUUUGCUCAUCAGCUGCAUGGCUCAGACACAUCCAACAGUCAACCUACAAUGGUCACGCGAUCACUAAUAUCUUCUCCAUCAAUGGAAUCAAUGGCCAUGCCAUCACUGAUGCCUUCUGCAUCAAUGGAACCCAUUAGUCAAUGGACUGGUCAGACUGACCUAUCAGCAAUGCCUAGUAGAAGCAUCUCUGAGCCUGUCUUUGGUCAAAGUGACAGAAAGGUUAAUUCUUCCAAUGAAGCUAACUCAUCUGGAACACAAGAAAAAGCAGCAGUGUCCAGUGGGUCUUCUCGAUUUGGCCGUUUUGGUUCACAGCUAUUCCAAAAGACUGUUGGUUUGGUCCUAAGAUCUCGACCUCAUCACCAGGCUAAACUGGGUGAGAAGAACAAAUUUUAUUAUGAUGAAAAGCUCAAAAGAUGGGUUGAGGAAGGAGCUGAACCUCCGGCUGAGGAAUCAGCUUUGCCACCUCCACCCACUAAUGCAGCUUUCCAGAAUGGAGUAAAUGAUCUCAGUGUAAAAGAUACACCCAAAAUUGAAGGCUUUCACAAAAGUAGUGAAAAUAAAAGCUCCAUCUCUUCUGAAAGGAGCUCAGGAAUUCCUCCAAUUCCACCCAGUUCGAACCAGUACUCUGCUCGUGCUCGAAUGGGUAUCCGCUCAAGGUAUGUUGAUACAUUCAACAAGGGCGGAGGCAGCCCUGUAAGUUUAUUCCAGUCUCCUGUUCGAUCUGCAAAACCUGUGGCUGGUUCAAGUCCCAAGUUUUUCAUCCCUUCUACGGUUACCCCUGCUGAAGAGAUAGUUCAAAAUACUGGGGAAAGCACCCAGGAAGCAGUCAUGACCAAUGAAAGUCCCGCAACAUCUUAUCAGCAAGUUUUAUCUCCACUAUCAUCAACAUCAACAUUAGCACUACCGCCGCCACCACCACCAUCAUCAUCAUCAUCGAGUAUGCAACGGUUUCCUAGCAUGGAUACUAUUGUGCACAAAAGCACUGUAGCAGCGUCAGAUGGAAACUCUAGACGUAUAGCAUCUUGGAGUGGAAGCCUGAGUAAUGCAUCCAGUCUUUCUACUACUAGGAAGGAAAUAAAACCUCUAGAAGGAACCCUAAGUAUACCUUACACUGACCCUGAUUCUGGGGAAGACCUUCAUGAAAUCAAGCUUUGAGGUGUGUGAAGGAAAGUUGUAAUUAUACCCUCAUAGCACUCUCAUUUUGCCGUGGGGGGAAUUAAGGAUGGCAGUGGUCUGAGUUGGGUUUUUGGUGAAACCCCUUGAUUAUCCUGUUUAUCAUGUGAUGUGUAAUUUAGGCCAAGAAUUGGUCUGAGUGCACUUGGUGUUGCGGCCAUUCCCCUCAUAUGAGAAACCCAUUAACGUUGUCCCAAAAUGACUUGAGAAUUCAGAUGCCUGCGUUACUUCUUGUACAAGUAAUGGGUCAUUCAUCAUUCACCAAGCGACUCUUCCUCGAAUAAAUUUGCACUAGUUGCUACUUACUUA